GUGUGAGUGAGCGUCCUCCAAUGUAACUGUCGUGACAGAAUAUAACGGUCGUGACAGGAGACAGCGCGUUGAUUAACGGGCGCGCGGCGGACAUAAAAAUGAUGUUGAGAUAUUGAGGGCGGCAAGAGAGAGUGGAGGAGAGAAAAAAGGGUGUUUAUAGAAAAAGGAGGAGAGAGAGAAGGUUCAUAAAAUUCGCGGUGGAGAAUGCCGGAGAUUUGGUACAUUGUUGCGUAGCUAGAACGGAUAUCCAGCCUCUGGUCUGCUCUUGCCGGCAGCGAUCAGAGGCUGGUUCCUGAUUUCGUAGAGUACUCAUUUCUUCUCGAGCUUUUCUUUCCCUUCUCCUCCGAAGCUUUGAGUUUCCGAUUGAUAAAGAAGGGAAGAAAGCGCAAGUUUUGGGAGAAAUUGAGGUUUCAUUUCUUAGCUUGUGGUUUUAUAUGCUUGGAAUUCGAAAAUGGGCGUUGUCUCCGGCGUCAUUUCCAGGAAGGUUUUGCCCGUAUGCGGCAGUCUGUGUUUCUUCUGCCCGUCAAUGCGGGCAAGGUCCCGGCAGCCGGUGAAGAGGUACAAGAAGCUCAUCGCCGACAUUUUUCCACGCUCCCAGGACGAGGAACCAAAUGAUCGGAAGAUUGGAAAACUGUGUGAAUAUGCUGCAAAAAAUCCUUUACGCAUUCCGAAGAUCACAAGUUCCCUUGAGCAGAGGUGCUACAAAGAAUUGAGAAGCGAGAAUUUUCGAAAUGCGAAAAUUGUCAUGCUUAUAUACAGGAAAUUGUUAAUUUCUUGCAAAGAACAAAUGCCUUUGUUUGCAAGUAGCUUGCUAAGCAUCAUGCAUACUUUGCUGGAUCAAACAAGGCAGGAUGAAAUGCGAAUUAUAGGAUGCCAGACUCUUUUUGACUUUGUAAAUAAUCAGAGGGAUGGGACUUACAUGUUCAAUUUAGAAGGCUUUGUUCCAAAACUUUGUCAGUUAGCCCAAGAAAUGGGGGAAGAUGAGAGGGCAAAGAAUCUACGGUCAGCUGGAUUGCAGGCCCUUUCUUCAAUGGUUUGGUUCAUGGGUGAAUAUUCUCAUAUUUCAGUUGAGUUUGAUAAUGUUGUUUCAGUAGUCUUGGAAAAUUAUGGAGGCCCUGGGAGAGAAAGCGUCAACCAUGAUAAGCAAGAUCCUGAGCACAGGUGGGUGCAGGAAGUGCUUAGAAUUGAGGGUCAUGUCUCGCCUUCACCAGAUGUAAUCAUAACUGUUCCUUCUUGGAGGACAAUUGUGAAUGACAAAGGCAUAGUAAAUGUGGCGGAGGAAGAUGUGAAUAACCCCAGCUUUUGGUCAAGGGUUUGCCUGCAAAACAUGGCCAAGCUGGCCAAGGAAGCUACAACCAUACGGCGUGUUCUAGAAUCUUUGUUCCGUUAUUUUGAUAAUGAAAACCUAUGGUCUCCUGAACGUGGACUUGCUUUUUUGGUCCUGAAGGAUAUGCAAUUAUUAAUGGAUGAUUCUGGGCAAAAUACACACUUUUUGCUGUCCAUAUUAAUCAAGCAUCUUGAUCACAAAAACGUCCUUAAACUACCUGACAUGCAGCUUGACAUUGUUGCGGUUGCCACCUCCCUUGCUCGACAUGCAAAGGUUCAAGCUUCUGUAGCAAUAAUUGGUGCAGUAAGUGAUGUUAUGAGGCUUUUGCGGAAAAGCAUACACUGCUCAUUAGAUGAUGCUAAUCUGGGAGCUGACAUUAUUGGUUGGAACAGAAAAUUUCGAGAAGCCGUAGAUGAGUGUCUUGUGGAGUUAUCACAAAAGGUUGGUGAUGCAGGCCCAAUUCUUGAUAUUAUGGCUGUGAUGUUGGAGAAUAUCUCUACUAUCACUGUUAUCGCUAGAACUACAAUCUCAGCUGUUUAUCGUACAUCGCAAAUUGUUGCAUCUAUACCAAACAUGUCCUAUCACAACAAGGCAUUCCCUGAAGCUCUGUUCUCUCAGUUACUUCCAGCUAUGGUCCAUCCAGAUAAUGAAACUCGAGUUGGAGCUCACCGAAUCUUUUCUGUUGUCCUUGUGCCAUCUUCAGUUUGCCCUCGUCCAUGCUCCACUAUUUCUGAUUCAGUGAAGGCCUCAGAUCUUCCAAGGACUCUAUCAAGAACUGUCUCUGUCUUUUCUUCUUCGGCUGCUCUUUUUGAGAAGCUAAGAAAGGAGAAGUUUUCAUCAACGGAAAGCAUUGGUCAAGAUGACAAAGAAAAGGUUGUGAAUGAGGGAGAAUUAAGGAACAGUAACAAUGGGUUAUUGAAUAGAAUGAGGUCAUCUUACAGUCGAGCUUACAGUAUGAAAAGUUCCCCUGCACAUACACCGGAGGAUGGAAAUUCUAGGAGCAGUUCAAAUAAGGAAAUGGAGGCAGUUUUCCUCAGAUUGAGUAGCCGCCAGAUUACUCUCCUACUCUCAUCAAUAUGGGCGCAGUCUAUCUCUCCUGCAAAUAUGCCUGAAAAUUAUGAGGCAAUUGCUCACACAUACAGCCUGGUAUUGCUAUUCUCUCGAGCCAAGAACUCCAGCCAUGAAGUUCUAGUUCGAAGUUUUCAGCUAGCUUUUUCCUUGCGAAGCAUUUCUCUUGGGGAAGGAGGGCCACUCCCACCAUCACGUCGCAGAUCUCUAUUUACUUUGUCAACUUCUAUGAUUACCUUUUCCUCGAAAGCAUACAAUAUUCUUCCGCUUGUUUCUUAUGCCAGUGAAGCCCUCACAGAUAAAGUGGUUGACCCAUUUCUACAUCUGGUUGAAGAUUGCAAGUUACAGGCUGUUGACACUGGACCCAACCUUCCCAGAAAUGCUUAUGGUUCUAAAGAGGAUGAUAAUUCUGCUUUGAAGUCACUUUCAGAAAUAGAAAUCUCUGAGAACCUGACGAGGGAAUUUUUUGCUUCCACGAUUGUGAAGAGUUUGGAAAAUCUCUCAGAUUCUGAGUCAUCCAAUAUAAAAGAACAGCUGCUCAACGAAUUUUUACCUGAUGAUGUUUGUCCAUUGGGGGCCCAGUUAUUCAUGGAAACCCCAGGAAGAGUAAAUCAGUUUGAUUCAAGGCUCAAUAAAUCAUUUGAGGAGGAGGCUGCUCCAAUUUUUGCAAUAGAUGACUACUCUUUCCCAGAUUCAUUUGAAAGUCAAAGUAAACAUAAUACAGAGUUGACCAUGGAAAACCCCAAUCUUUUGAGUGUCAACCAACUCCUAGAAUCAGUAUUGGAAACAGCGCAUCAAGUUGGAAGAUAUUCUAUCUCAACUGCACCUGAUGUGCCUUACAAGGAAAUGGCUCGUCACUGUGAGGCACUUCUGAUGGGAAAGCAACAGAAAAUGUCCAAUUUAAUGGGUGCUCAACAAAAACAGGAAACUGCCUUGGGCUGCUCUUUGCCAGAUCAGCACGAUGGGGCGAUGAAGAUAGCUUCCAGUUCCCCAGCUGAUGCUGGUUCCCUCGAGAUUGGUAAUCCUUUCCUUGAGCAGAACUUUGGUGCCAAUAUGCAGAAACCACCCCUUGGCGCUCUUCCGAUGCAGUGUGCAACCGAGUACCAGCAUCAUCCCCAUUUCUUUAGGCUACCUGCUUCUAGUCCAUAUGAUAACUUUCUUAAAGCUGCUGGUUGUUGAUACUAACACAAGUAUGAAAUCACACAUCUAUUAGAUCUAGAAGAAAUCGCUACUGAAGUGAGCGGUGCAUUUCAAAGCUCAAAUCCCGUGCAUAAAGAAAUUCUCCUUGAGCAUAUCUGCUACUUAGCCUUUGCAGGAACAACAGCCGAUGUCAUGGGGAUGAUUGAGCAGGUUACUUCUUCAUAUUUGAUUCCUCCGCCUUGCGGAGCAGAUAGAUUCAUUAUUCUUUAUUCGUUUUUCUGUGGGCAUAUUUGUGUGAGCAACUGCACGGGAGGCAUCCUUCAAGAUAUUCUCCCUGAAGGCUCAGAGCCCAUGCAUUGUGUCAAGAGUUCCCUUUCCCCAUCCAACACUUCUAAUGUAUAAAAAACUCCUUAGGUUUUUUCUAAGUAAUGUAAUCACAGUGGAGAUGCAAACUUCACUCGUUUCAUAUAUUAUACUUUUAUUGAGACCCAUCUUAUAUUUCA